AACCGGACUUGAGGACACAAGUCACAUAUUUUGACCCUACUUUCUUUUUUGCAGCGUCACUUUUUGAAAGACAACACCCUACUAUAGUUAAGCUUCGUGUAACUUAAUUAUAGUCAUGGAUGCAUCUUCUUUUGUUUUGAGUGGAGAUUUUGGAUAUGUUGUGCUUGUCAUGAUAUUUUCAGUUUUUAUGCUCAUGUGGAUGGGAGGCAAAGUCGGAGGUGCAAGAAAGAAGUAUGAAGUCCCAUACCCCAAAAUGUACAGCGAGGAUGACAGAUUCAACUGUUACCAAAGAGCUCACCAAAAUACGCUUGAAAAUUACCCAGUAUAUCUACUUCUACAAGUUUUGAGUGGAUUAUAUGCCCCAAAACUUGCAGCUCUGGCGGGUGCUGUGUGGUGUGCAGGAAGAAUCGUUUAUGCAAUUGGUUACUACACAGGAGAUCCCAGCAAAAGGAUCCGCGGUGCCUUUGCUUACAUUGGAUUGCUGACAAUGCUGGUAUGCUCCAUCAUCUUUGCUCUGAACCUGCUGAAGUUCACCAAUCUCUGAGUUCAAGAUACAGACUCUUACAUGUAGUUAUAUCCGUAAUUCAUUACAUUCGUCAAAUUUACAUGUAAUGAAGUCACGGGAAAUGGAAAUUACUUCGUCAAUUCAUUAUAGGCGUGUUCGCUAUAACUGUGUUUUACUUUUCUAUAAUUUUAUUUACGGUCAUAAGUAAUCAUUCAUAUUAUUGAGAAUGUCAUAUUUUAUACUACAGUAUAUGUAUUUUUAUGAUAAUCAUUUUCCAUUGGUCUGCAGUCAUGAUGAUUGGUUUUACUAGACUAUUAAGUAGAAAAUUUUGUUUUCGUGAUGUGCAUAUGAUAAGAUGUUUAGAAUGUCCAUCAUUUAACCAUAAAGGAAGAUUGUAAACCAACGUACUAAACAAACAUUGUACUUGGGUGUAAAAUUGAGUGUAAUUCAGUAUGAUUUCCUGGUUGAAAUUUUAUAGAAAUAAAAUAUGAAAGGUAUUGCAUA